GUGCGUUCUGAAAGUUACUGUCUCUUUUCCUGGGAAAGAAACCCCCUGAUUCCACAUAUAAGUGAAAUCAUAGGGUAUUUGUCUUUGUCUGACUGGCUUCACUCAGCAUUACAGGUCCAUCCACGUUGUUGCAAAUGAAUUUGGACACAUAGCCAGAAGUUCUGAAGAACAGCAACAACCAUUUCGGGAAUAGCCAGUUCAACAUCAUGACCAAAGACAAAGACUCUAUCACAGGAAGCUUUCAUUUUGUGUACAUUGUGACCUUAAUAGUUGGAACCAUAAUCCAGUUCUCUGAUGAAAGUGAAUUUGCAGUAGACAUGUCAAAUAUGAAGCUUAUUCAUGUCCCAAAAGACCUGCCACCAAAAACCAAAAUCUUAGAUCUGUCUCAGAACAACAUAUCUGAGCUUCACAUCUCUGACAUGAGCUAUCUCUCAGGGCUAAAAGUUUUGAAACUUUCUCAUAAUAGAAUCUGGUGCCUUGAUUUUAGCAUUUUCAAGUUCAACCAGGAUUUGGAAUAUUUGGAUUUAUCUCACAAUCAGUUACAGAAUAUAUCCUGCCAUCUUAUCACAAGUCUCAAGCAUUUAGACCUCUCGUUCAAUGACUUUGAUGUCCUGCCCAUCUGCAAGGAGUUUGGCAACCUGACGCAACUACAUUUUUUAGGAUUAAGUGCUACAAAGUUACGACAACUAGAUCUGCUACCAAUUGCUCAUCUGCAUCUAAGUUAUAUCCUUCUGGAUUUAGAAGGUUAUUCUGCAAAAGAAACAGAAAGUCCUCAAAUUCUGAAUACAAAAACACUUCACCUUGUUUUCCAUCCAAAUCAGUUAUUCUCUGUCCAAGUGAACAUAUCAGUUAAUAGUUUAGAGUGCUUACAACUGACUAAUAUUAAAUUGAAUAACAACAACUGUGGAGUUUUAAUUAAAUUUUUAUCAGGACUCACUAGAGGUCCAACUUUACUGAAUUUUACUCUCAAACAUGUGAAAACAACUUGGAAAUGCCUGGUUAGAAUUUUUCAAUUUCUUUGGCCCAAACCUGUAGAAUAUCUCAAUAUUUAUAAUCUAACAGUAGUUGAAAGGAUUGAUAAAGAAGAUUUUCAUUAUUCUAAAACAGCACUGAAAGCAUUGAAGAUAGAACAUGUUAAAAAUGAAGUUUUUAUUUUUUCACAGACAGCGGUAUACACAAUUUUUUCUGAGAUGAACAUUAUGAUGUUAACCAUAUCAGAUACACCUUUUAUACACAUGCUUUGUCCUCCGCCAUCAAACAUAUUUAAGUUUUUGAACUUUACCCAGAAUGUUUUCACAGAUAGUGUUUUUCAAAAUUGUUCCCAACUAGUUAGAUUGGAAACACUUAUCUUACGAAAGAAUAAAUUAAAAGACCUUUACAAAGUAGGUCUCAUGACUAAGCAUAUGACAUCUUUGGAAAUAUUGGAUGUUAGUGGGAAUUCUUUGGAAUAUGAUAGACAUGAUGGAGAUUGCACUUGGGUUGGGAGUAUAGUGGUGUUAAAUUUGUCUUCAAAUAUACUUGCUGACUCUGUUUUCAGAUGUUUACCUCCUAAAGUGAAGGUACUUGAUCUUCACGAUAACAGAAUAAGGAGCAUUCCUAAACCAAUCAUGAAACUAGAAGCUUUACAAGAACUCAAUGUUGCUUCCAAUUCUUUAGCCCACCUUCCUGACUGUGAUACUUUUAGCAGUCUUUCUGUACUGAUUAUUGACUCUAAUUCAAUUUCCAACCCAUCAGCUGAUUUCUUCCAGAGCUGCCAGAAGAUUAGGUCCAUAAGAGCAGGGAACAAUCCAUUCCAAUGUACAUGUGAGCUAAGAGAAUUUGUCCAAAGUCUAGGCCAAGUAUCAAGUGAAGUGGUAGAGGGUUGGCCUGAUUCUUAUAAGUGUGGCUAUCCAGAAAACUAUAAGGGAACCCCACUGAAGGACUUUCACAUGUCUCAGUUAUCCUGCAACACAACUCUGCUGCUUGUUACCAUUGGGAUCACUGUGCUGGUGUUGACUCUUACUGUGACUGCUCUCUGUAUCUACUUUGAUCUGCCCUGGUAUCUCAGGAUGGUGUGUCAGUGGACCCAGACCCGGCGCAGGGCAAGGAACAUACCUUUAGAAGAACUCCAAAGAACCCUCCAGUUCCAUGCUUUUAUUUCAUACAGUGAACAUGAUUCUGCCUGGGUGAAGAAUGAACUGGUACCUUGCCUAGAAAAAGAAGAUAUAAGGAUUUGUCUCCAUGAGAGAAACUUUGUUCCUGGCAAGAGCAUUGUGGAAAAUAUCAUAAACUGCAUUGAGAGAAGUUACAAGUCCAUCUUUGUUUUGUCUCCCAACUUUGUCCAGAGUGAGUGGUGCCAUUAUGAACUCUACUUUGCCCACCACAAUCUCUUUCAUGAAGGAUCUAAUAACUUAAUCUUGAUCUUGCUGGAACCCAUUCCACAGAACUGCAUUCCCAGCAAGUAUCACAAGCUGAAGGCUCUUAUGACACAGCGGACUUACUUGGAAUGGCCCAAGGAGAAGAGCAAACAUGGACUUUUUUGGGCUAAUAUUAGAGCUGCUUUUAAUAUGAAGUUAGAAUUAAUUGCUGAAAACAAUGAUGCAGAAACUUAAAAAAAAAGUCAGGAAAUUCUAUUUAAGAAACCGUCAUUAACUUGGAUUCUGCUGAACAUGAUGGUUUUGAGUUGCUGUCUAGGUGGUGCCUUUAUUAGCUCUACACAUUCAGGGAAGACUUAAUGGAAACUAUAUUUCAACUAAGCUAGUGAGCAAGGCUGAAGGCUGAGGUGAUGCUCAAACUUGCCUAUUACAGGUACCUCAGUCCCUUCUGGUUCAACCAUUCUUUUUCAAAUGGAAACACUCUUGAGUACAUGCCCAUUCAAGGACAUUUGCUCUCCCUUAUCCUUUCCCAAAUGGAUUCUGUGUGAGCAGGAGAUUAUGGGACUUCAUGGCAGCAAGGAAAGGGUCAACCUCUGAAGUGUACUCAGUGGCCCUGGGAGUGUCUUAUGGAGCCUCACUGGCCUCUGGGUGAGCUUUGUCAUCCUGUUCAACUUCAGAGCUUGGGAAAGAAUUAGACCAGUUAUGAAAAAUAAAGAUUUUUUGUUCACAUCUGAGUAUAUUAUUAAAUUUAUGACCCUGCUACACAAAUAUGUAGUUAACCAGUGGGGACUUAUGACUUAAUAAUUUAUGUAUAUAAGGGAAAAUACAGUUGACUCCUGAACAACAUGGGUUUGAACUGCAUGGAUCCACUUGUACAUGGACUUUUUUACAGUGCAAUACUAUAAAUAUAUUUUCUCUUCCUUAUGAUUUUCUUACAGUUUUGGUUUUUUUCUAGUUUAUUUUUGAGAAUAUAAUACAUAAUACAUAUAACAUAAAAUAUGUGUUAAUUGACUGUUUAUGUUAUUGGUAAGGCUUCUGGUCAACUGGAGGCCGAUAGUAAUUAAGUUUUGGGGGUGUUAAAAGUUAUACACACAUUUUUGACUAAUUAAGUUUUGGGGGUGUUAAAUGUUACACACAGAUUUUUGACUUCACAGAGGGUCAGCAUUCCUAACACCCACAUUGUUCAAGGGUCAACUGUAUAGCCCUCAGUCACAGGCUAUUGAGGGCAAAGACAUGGAUUUAUUUGCUUACAAAGGAAACUCAGAGCCACAUUUAUUUAUAACUGGUUAUUGAAUAGGGCUUUUUCUGGUUGUCUUAGAAUUUUAGCAAAUGGCUGCUUUCUUGCUGUGUCCUCAGAUGGCCUUUCCUCUGUGUGCACACAUCCUGGUGUCUCUUCCUCUUCUAAGAAGGACACCAGUCAUAUUGGAUUAGGGUCCCACCCUUAUGACCUCAUUUAACCUUACUUACCUCUUCAAAGUCCCUUUCUCCAAAGAGAGUCACAUUCUAAGGUACUGGGGGUGAGGGCUUCAACAUGUGAAUUUUGGAGGGGGCACAAUUCAGUCCAUAACAGAUGACUAUGCAGAUAAAUUAAAAAUGUUGUGAGAGAGACUGUAGUUGUCACCAAUAUCCCUUCACCCUUUAUUUAAUUAAUGUGUGAGUUUUUUUCAGAGCAGCUGACAACCCAGCUAGAGAGUACAUUUCCCAACCUCCCUUGCAGCUUCACGUGGACACGUGACUGAAUUAUGGGUGCGGGAUGUAGCUGGAAACUGUGUGCCACUCUGGGUCCUAUCUCUAAGAAAAUUGCCCCUUCUACCCUUCUACUGGACAGGAGAUACGAACUAGAGGAUCCAUCCAGAACCUGGAGAUGAAAGCCACAUAUGGAGGGCAUGCUCCUCAGUGUACCACUUUUGUGCUUUUUAGGCCAGCCUCUCACCCAGCCCUGGAGUGCUCACCUCUUUAUGUGAGGCAGAAGUAAACCUGCACCUUGUUUAAACUAAAUAUGUUCUGGAUCUUUCAACAAAGCAUCCUCAUCUGCACCCUCAUGGAUACAGUCAUUAAUGCCUCACAGGCCGUGGUACAGCCUUUGACCUUUUCCUCCCUGUGUAUACCUAUUAUGAGAGGAGAGUGUGUUUAGUCCAUUCUGCAACCCCUGCCAUCCUGACUAAGCCACCAAUACCUGUCACUUGGACAACCUCUGGCCUCCUAACUGUCCUCCUUGCUUUUACUCUUUCCUCACAUAUUCUCCAAACAGCAAUUGGAGGGAUUGUUUUUAUACUGUAAGUUAUAUCAAGCUAUUCCCCUGCUUUAAACCUUCUAAUGACCUCCCCUUACAGUUAGAACAAAAGCCAAGCCCCUCAUGACCUGUCAUCAUGGUCUGCCUUCCUCCCACUCUGAACUUACCUGUGCAUCUUUUUCCUGUCUCCCCUUGUCUGCCACACUCCAGCUACAGCUGCCUCUGGCUCUUCCCCAAUGUGCCACAUGGAUUCCCGCCUCUGUCCCCUCUGCACCUGGCACUUGCUACUCUAGAGCAAAAAUAAUCUAGAGAUUAUUCUUUCCUCAGAACAUGCCUAGCUUGUUCUUGCCAUUUGUGUCUCAACUUAAAUGUCACCUCUUCAGAGAGACCUCCUGGAAUUCCCAACCCAAGGAAACAUUCUUCCCAGUCACUCUGGCACCCUGCUCCCUUUGGUUUUCUUUACAGCACACAUCACUCUCUAAAUUAUCUUGUUACUUGUUUUCUGUUUCUGUCCACUAAAAUAUAAGCUCCAGGAGAAAAAGAACCAUCUGCCUCUUGUUUUCUGCUCAUCCCCAGUGCUAAGAACAGUGUGGUCCACUGUAGAUCUUUAGUACAACUUGUUGGGUGAAUGAAUAACUCUGAAUGGCCACAAGCAUAAAAUGGCUUUGAAAUCCUCAUUUUUAUCUUAAAACCCCAUGCAAAUAGAGUGUCCCCUUCCUUUAUAUUUGUUCAGUGCAUUUUACAUGCUCCAAAUCCAUUGCCACAAUUUGAGAAGUUUGUCUUAAUACGUUUCUCAUUGUUAGCACCAUAAAAAGAAUAAAAAUUAAGUACCUCAAUAAGGUGACAGGUUAGAAGGAAUGGGCCAUGGCAAGGAUGAUUAGGGAGUGCUGCUGGCUUGAAAAGUGUUGGGCAAGGCUGGGGCAGCAUAAAGGCCCUGAGGCUUUGGCUGGGGAGACCCUUCAAAGGGAGGCUACAUUGGGCACAAAGUUGGAAUUGAAAGGGAGCUGUGAGCAAAGAAAGCAUCUACCUGGCAGCCUUGCUGGAUGUGUUGGUUUUCUAGGGCCACCAGAAUCAAUUACCACAAACUGGGUAGGUUAAAACUCCAGAAAUGGAUUCUCUUAUAGUUUCAGAGACCAGAAGUCAAAAUCACAGGAACUUUUUUUUUUUUAAAGAUUUAUUUAUUUAUUUUGAGAGAGAUUGAGAGAGAGAGAGAGAGAGCAUGCAGGGGGAGGGGCAGAGGCAGAGGAAACAAGAGAAUCCCAAGCAGACUCCCCGCUGAGCGUGGAGCCCCAUGUGGGGCUCAAUCCUACCACCCUGAGAUCAUGACCUGAGUUGAAACCAAGAGUCAGAUGCUUAAUUGACUGAGCCACCCAGGCACCCCCAGCCACAGGGACUUUCUAGAGGUUUUUAAUUAUAGUUAGUUUAUGAGAAAUCUCAAGAGAGCCACAUGUAAAUAUGUAGUUUUUACUUUUCCCCAUUCAGUCAACUGGAUUCUGAAACUCUCCCCUUCUCACCCCUUAGUGAUGAGCAGACCUCAUAGCUCUCUGGUCCUUUUGAGGUAUUAAUAUCACAACUUAGUUUUAAAAUUUUAAUCUCCGUCUCCAUCUAAAGCUCAUCUCCUUUCUCCAUAUCCUAGGCGGAGCUUAUAGCUCAAUCUUGGCAUAUAUAUGGGAGGUGGACAUGGUCUGAGAUACAUACUUCCUGCCACUCCCUCUUAAAAGACCUGAUGUAGGGACCAGGGGUAAGGGGUAGGAAGGCAGAUAUCCUUUUCUAUAAUUGUGUUGGUUAAGGUAUGGAAUGAGGAGACCUCAAACACAGGCGCUUAAAUAAGAUAGAAUUUUCUUUCUUUCUUAAAUGUAAGUCAAAUAUAGUCAGGAGGUCUAGGGUAAGUAGCAGUGUCUACUCCACAAAGUCAUUCAAAAGCUCAGACUGGCCAGUUAGCUCUGUUUCCCAUGAGGGUGAGGUAAUGGUGGGAAUGGCUAGUGCCUGGCUCAACUGCUUUUUAGAAUGCCCUUAGUAAGGUGCUUGGCCCCAGCUGUUGGCAGCUCUCUUAAGAACAUGCCGUAUAUAACACUUUCUUGUUUUCAGUUUUGGAUCCAAGUCAUUGGGAAAAUUCCAGUCAACACCGUAUUAUGUAAUGAGUAGGACCAACAGAUGGGAAGGGAAAUUGAAAUUGUUGGUGGGCUACUGAAUUACAUAGCAGAUGAGCAACUUAAAAUUCUAUCCUAAAUUUAGAUUAAAUAGUCAUAAAAAAAGGUGUAUCAUUCAUGGUAGUAGAAGAAAAAGCAGAGAAUAAUGGCAUAGAUUUAUGUCCAUUGGUGAAGAAAGUCCACUUCAUGGAAUAUAUUCUUUUUUUUUUUUUAAAGAUUUAGUUACUUAUUUGAGAGAGAGACAGAGACAGAGAGAGAGCACGUGAAUGCAUGCACAAGUAGGGGGAGGGACAGAAGGAGGGGAAGAGAGUUUCAAGCAGACUCCCAGCUGAGCAUGGAGCCCAACAUAGGGCUCAAUCCCACAACCCUGAGAUCAUGAACUGAGCUGAAAUGAAGAGUUGGAUGCUUAACCAACUGAACCACCCCGGCACCCCCAUGGAAUGUAUCUUAAAGAAAUAAUUGUUCAAACAUAUCUUAAGGAAAUGUAUGAACAUGCUGUUUAUUGCAGGUUGUUUAUAAUAGCAAAAAUUGAAAAUAACUGAAAUGCCCAACAACAGAUUCGUUAAAUACAUUGUUAAUUAAAAUAUACAUUGUAAAUAAGAUAGAAUAUUAUUUAGCCAAUAGUAAAAUUGUAGAUGAUGAGAAGAAUAAAGGCAAAAAAAAAAAAAAAAAUGUAGGUCAAAUUGCAUUUCCUUACAACUUGCAGCCCAUUGACAAAUACUUGAGACAGGCAGAGUAUGACAUUCCUCAAGGAACUCACAACUGUCUUAGUGUUAAUGCUUUGCCACAAGCAAAACAGAGCCUCAGCCUGACAAUAGCCAGAUCUCCAGGAUCCUACUAUGUCUUCUUUAACAUAUGAAAAUCCUUUUGGGAACUUCCUUUGUCUUUACCCCCCAACUUAAAAGUAUAUAAUCAAUCCUUCCUCACAAUCCCAGUGCAGCCCUUCCUGCCCACAGGUCCUGUCCCUGUGCUUUAAUAAAAACACCAUUUUGCACCAAAAACAUCUCAAGAAUGCUUCUUGGCCAUUUGCUGCUGGGCCAAAGCACAUCAUUUUGGUGCCCACUGUGGGGCCUGAGUCUUCUCAUCUGGACUCCAAGCCUUGGUGCACAUUUGGUGAGGACUUCUGCUUCUCUUCCUUCACUUUCAUUUCAGGAGCUUUUUAAGGAGUACAGUCUUAUUGGAACACUUUUACAUUGAUUGCUUAGGCUGCAGUCCUCUAGCCUGUGGCUACUCUACGGGAAGGAACAAAAGCCUGCCUUUCACCUGGCAGCUAGUCCUCUGGCUAGAAUGGGAAUAAGACCCAGAAACUUGAGGCCCUCUCUUUAUUCUUAUUAUUAUACAAAGUUGUCUUUCUUGGGCAUGGAUAGCCACCUAAGUCACUAGGAUGGCUGCCAACCUUAAAACUCCCGUAUGUUGUUUCCUCCUCACCUGUCUAAUAGGAUACCCUCCACAUCUCUGGUCUAGCCACUCUGGCUACAAGACCUCCACUAGGAGCCGGCCAAAACCUGUACCAGAUUGAAUUAAAACCCAACCAGGGACCUUUUCCUAGGGAAGUCAGCUGGAAAGACUACAUGUGUUGGAAUGUCGCUUAGACCAUGACAGAUUUCUAUCUUAACUGUUUUUCCUCAAUGUCCCCUCCUAACUACUUACAUCACAAUGUUGGGUAAUUUCCCCUUGUAAAGUUUUUCUAGUGAUUUCCAUGGGUUAAAAUGGUAGGUUUUUCUUCAGUCCAUUCACUGGCACCCAUUUGUAGCCUAGGAUGCAAUGGAGAAGUGUGGGGAAGGCCAGCAUCUUUCCUACAAGACAAGGCAGUGUUCAUAGCGAUUUCAUUCAAGAGAUGCUUCCAGUCAUUUUGAUACUAGGAACCUCUGACAUAUCCUGCAUGGGACACAACCUGGGAGUCUGGGGGGAUUUUCUUGGUAAUGGUCCUUCCCUAACACUGCAUGGCUCUAGUACUCCUUAGGAGAUAAGGAAAAAUGGUCCAUUAAUGGGACAUUAAACUUGAAUAUGAUCUAUCGUUUAGAUCUCUUCUGCAGGAAAGAGGGCAAAUGAACUGAGGUACCUAUGUGCAGGCCUGCAUGACCCUAAAUCAGGACCCUGACCUAAGGGCCUCUUGCAGAAUGUGUUUGGCCACUAACCAGGAUAAGUCCCCUCCCAAUACAUUGGAUGAUGAUAGUCUAAACAGGCCUCCCUCCUCCUAAUAAACCCAAGUUGCUGGAGGAAUCACAGGUGAUCCCUAACAAAGCAGACACUGACUCUCUCACUGUUCCUCCUCCUAAUAGACCCAGGUUAUCUUUUUUUUUUUUAAAGAUUUUAUUUAUUUAUUUGAGAUAGAGAGUGAGAGAGAGAGAGAGAGCACGAGAGGGGGGAGCGGGAGAGGGAGAAGCAAACUCCCUGCUGAGCAGGGAGCCCGACGUGGGACUCGAUCCCGGGACUCCAGGAUCAUGACCUGAGCCGAAGGCAGUCGCUUAACCAACUGAGCCACCUAGGUGCCCCUCAGGUUACUCUUCUAUGUGGGGGCUUCUCCCUCAUUCAUUUCCUGGGUAAAAGGCUAUGAUAAUUGGAGCCAAUUGUCUCUGGCUAGUCUACCUUGGGACAGGGACUUUGAGGAAUAUUCCCAAGCAGCUGCCAAACUCCUUUUGUUUCAGGGAAGUCUCCUAUCUUCUCUGGCCCAAUGUGGACUGCCUAUUUUCACUUGUUGGUGGAAAGAAAACAUGUCUUUUCAUCUGUCCCAGCUGAUGAGCUUUAGGACCAGGAGUCCACUUUGUCUGCCCUUUGGGCUUUUAUCCACCUCCAGCCUUGCUGGCAGCACCUCACCUCUUCUGCCUUCCCCUCCCUCUCCUAUUUCUGCACCAGCCUGGGUGUGACUUGCAUAACUGGUUCCUACACUAUCCUGGGUGCCUCCAACACCAUUGGCUCCUCCUCCUACCCUUGCCAUCAAGGAGUGCACCCCCCUGGACCUACAUCACCCACUUCAGAUUACCCCACUGGUGCCCCAGGUAAAAAUUGACAAUGGGGAGCAAAUUGAUUGAAUUUUAAGUGGAUUGACUUUAAAGGUGGGACAUAUUCGGUAUUUAAAUUAAGUUUGUUAACUUUAAUGAAGACAGAUCUAUCUUUAGAGUUAUCAGCAUUAAAUAUAAAAAUUUAUUCUACUCAGGUUUACUAAAGUCAAAUAAGCUCCUGUUAUCUCUGUUAUAAUUUGUCAGCAAAAAGAUGACUUAAAAUGAUGCUUAAUUUUUGUCUGUCUCAAGUUUUCAUGGGUAAUUGUUAAGACAGCUUUCAAAGUCUUUGGUAACCUUGAAACUUUAAAGUUUUGCUUGGAUGGUAAAUUGGAUUGAAUUUGUUGGACAUUUAAGUCUUUUCCAAAUAAGAUAAAACACUAAAGCAUUGAUUACAGAAUGUAGGUUUGUGUUUUUGGCUUCUUAUUGCAGAAAAGCUGAGGGUACUUGGGUCUGUUGGUAAACAUGCUUUGUGCUUUAUUAAAAUUGUACUAGGGAAAAACAUGUUUUUAAAAAAUUAUGAAAUCUACUCAUAAAUUUCAGAUCUAAAGACUUCUGGUAUAACAGACAGUUCACAAUUGGUUACUACUUAAUUUUCCCUGGACACUAAGGUUUCUAAGAUUCUGCUAAAUGUAAUUAAGCCUGAUGGAAAUAAGGAAAGCAACUCUGUAUGUAGGAAAGUAGGAGAUAUAUGGGAAAGAUAUAAGGAAUGGGAAUACAUUUUAUUGAUAUGAACGUAAUUUCAUCCUAAAAUGAGACUGGUUGUUUGGACAGAAAGGCUUAGGACAAAAUCCGAAUGAAAAAGAAAGUUGUAGAAGGUUUAUGAAGGGAAAUCUUUGGAAAGGAAUUUUAUGUGUGGUCAGGACUGAGGUUGAAAUGGAUAGAUUUUAAAAGUACACGGGUAUACUGGGGAGCCUGGGUGGCUCAGUCAGUUAAGUGUCCAACUCUUGAUUUCAGCUCUGGUCAUGAUCUUGGGGUUGUGGGAUUGAGCCCUGUGUCAGGCUCUGCACUCAGCACAGAAUCUGCUGGAGAUUCUCUUUCUCCCUCUGCCCCUACCACUGCUCCUGGGCAUGCUCUCCCAAUAAACAAACAAACAAACAAACAAACAAAUCCUUUAAAAAAAGUACACUGGUAUAAAAUUGACUCUCUGUUAAAAAGAUAAGGUUUUCUCGGAUUGCUGGUCUGCUCUUGAUAAGAAAAUAUAAA